UUAAGAAAAUGGCGUCGCGGCGUGUGCUCCCUGACGAUUUAAGAAAUGUUGAAUUUGAAACAAGUGAAGAUGUCGACGUUACGCCUACAUUUGAUAAUAUGGGUCUCAGAGAAGAGUUGUUGAGGGGUGUAUAUGCUUAUGGUUUUGAGAAACCGUCAGCAAUUCAACAGAGAGCUGUGAAGCCAAUAGUGAAAGGUCGAGAUGUUAUUGCACAGGCACAGUCUGGAACCGGAAAAACAGCCACAUUUUCCAUCAGUAUUCUCCAGUGCCUGGAUACACAGGUGCGGGAGACGCAAGCCCUUAUUCUCUCGCCCACCAGAGAGCUUGCUACUCAGAUACAGAAGGUUAUCCUUGCCCUUGGAGAUUAUAUGAAUGUUCAGUGUCAUUCAUGUAUUGGAGGUACAAAUAUUGGUGAAGACAUCCGUAAGCUGGACUAUGGGCAACAUGUGGUUUCUGGAACACCAGGCAGAGUCUUUGAUAUGAUCAGAAGGAGGAAUCUUCGCACAAGAUCCAUAAAAAUGUUGAUUCUUGAUGAAGCCGAUGAAAUGCUCAACAAAGGAUUCAAGGAGCAAAUCUACGAUGUGUAUCGGUACCUGCCACCAGCAACACAAGUACUUCUCAUCUCUGCCACACUUCCUCAUGAGAUCCUGGAGAUGACAAGCAAGUUCAUGACAGACCCUAUCAGAAUCCUAGUCAAACGUGAUGAGUUGACCUUGGAAGGCAUCAAGCAGUUCUUCGUGGCAGUAGAGAGGGAGGAGUGGAAGUUUGACACGCUCUGUGAUCUGUACGACACCCUCACCAUAACACAGGCAGUCAUCUUCUGUAAUACCAAAAGAAAGGUGGACUGGCUGACUGAGAAGAUGAGGGAGGCCAACUUCACUGUGUCAUCCAUGCAUGGUGACAUGCCUCAGAAAGAGAGAGAUUCCAUUAUGAAGGAGUUCAGAUCAGGAUCCAGUCGUGUCCUCAUCACAACUGAUGUUUGGGCCCGAGGUAUUGAUGUUCAGCAGGUGUCUCUCGUCAUCAACUAUGAUCUGCCAAACAACAGAGAAUUGUACAUUCACAGAAUUGGACGAUCAGGUAGAUUUGGAAGGAAAGGUGUGGCCAUCAACUUUGUGAAGAAUGAUGACAUCAGAAUUCUGAGAGAUAUUGAGCAGUACUACUCAACUCAAAUUGAUGAAAUGCCCAUGAAUGUUGCUGAUCUGAUCUAAGAGAGUGGGUGUGGAGAGAAAAACUCUUGUGAAAUGACAAUUAAAGACACUGUGUUCAGACAAACCCAACCUGUGUGAAAGACAUACAACAGUACUUAACUGCAAACUACCAGUUACAUUGUCAGUGAAUCAACAGUGGGAUAAUCAUCUGAGCACCGAAUGAGCAGUUAUACUGAACACACACCUCCAUUGUACAGCUAUUAUUGCAGAAAGGACAUGCUUUGCUAAUGGGAUAACUGCAAUUUAACAAAUAAUUUGUUAUUCAUUAAAACGGUUUGGUGCCAUGAAAAGAUGAAGCUGUAACUUGUUAUCAUAUCUUAUUUAGGUGUAAGUUACGAAAUGUUUUAGAAUUUUUUAUUUUGUAAGGUCUCAUGCACUGUAAAUACUUGCUUUGUUAUUAAUAGGUCCUUUUUUUUUUCAUACAUCAUGUCAUUAAAAAUCCAUUUUGUUUUAAAUGUGAAUAAAAAUCAGACUUGUA